AGAUCUAAGGUUUAUUCAACACCGAUUUCUCGCAUGCGGCUACCGGGGUGAAACAAACGUUAAGCAAACACAUCUAUCAAUAUCGCGGGCGGUAUGCGGGCAAGCGGAUGGCGCUAGUAGACUAUUCCUCCUCGGACCCCGAGUCCGCGGACGAAGAAGCGGGAGCGGUUCCCGCAACAGCAAAACGGAAGAAGACAUCUCACACGCAGACGGGCGCGGAUGAGAAGAACUCCACGUCCACCGCGCUCCCACCGCUCCCCGCCGCCUUCCACGACCUCUACGCGUCGACCGUGCGCGUGAGCACCACCGACGACCCGACGCUGCACCAGGGCCGCAAGAGGGUGAACCCGCACAAGCCGGGCAACUGGCCGAGCCACUUAUACGUCGAAUGGCACCCGGCGGCCCCUCAAUUGCACACCCUCAGCGCCCUCCUCUCCGCCCUGCAGCCCGCUCUGUCCCCGCUCUCCGUGGACUUGACCUCGUUCCUGACAUCUGAUUUAGGUGCCCCGCAACCGCUGCACAUCAGCCUGUCGCGGCCGAUUGUGCUAAGCACGGGGCAGAAGGACGGGUUUCUAGAGGAGCUCGUGGCGCGGGUUAAAGGGUGCGGUAUCGCGCCGUUCAAUCUAGCGCCAGUGGGGCUGGAGUGGCAUCGGACGCGCGAGUCCGAGAGGUCAUUUUUAGUGUUGAGGGUUGCGAGUGCUGCUACUGUUGCUGAUACCGGAAGAGGAGAUUCCGCUCCCUCACCCGCAUCCGCAGAAGAAGCAAAAGAAGAGGAAAAGCAGCAGCCUCCUCAACAGCAACAGCAAAACCCUCAUCUAACAGCCCUCCUCCAGUACUGCAACGCCCUAGUGCAGGAAUACUCGCAGCCACCUCUCUACGCUUUUAAAGCCGAUAACGGCGACUCCGCCUUCCACAUCUCCAUCGCGUGGACCUUCGCGCCGCCGACGCCGGAGGUGCGGCGGCGCACCGCGGAGGUAUUCGCGCGGCACGCGACGCGGGAUGAGAUUCAGGGUCUGCGCGUGCGCGUCGACGGCGUCAAGGCCAAGAUCGGGAACGCGAUCACGCACGUGGCGCUCCCGGGGCGCGGAAAGAGGAGGUGGGAGGAGAGUGGAUAGAGUUCGCUAAAGUGAGAUAGUGUGGGAUAUCAUAGAAUCGAAUUAGAUACCAUACCCUCCUAAUAUAGGAGUACGGUGAUACAAAGGUUUGGAUUACGACCACGAAACAGCCGUGGAUAACCGUAUUAUCACGCGGCACCAAGACAUAUGACCGUGGACGAAAUAGACUCAGGGGAAUGAUACGUAAUUGUAUGUACUGACCAUCCCCAUUAUCUCAAUGGUAGGAUGUCGUACGCUAUCAGGUAUGCACAUAAUAAAACACAACACAAUUUUAGGGGUUGUCAACCCGUCCACCUAAUAU